UGGAGCGCUCACCCAGGCGCGGGCUGCUCGGCUGCCGGGCAAGGGGAGGAGGCGGGGGCGGUACCGGCUGCGGCUGCUGGUGGUGCCGGUGCUCCUGGUGCCGGUGGAGGAGCUGCUCUCUGCGUGCGCGAGCUGCUCCGGCUGCCGCUCCCCGGUCACACAGCCGCCGCCCGCCGGAGUCGUACCAUGCACGGCUCGCCCUGCCCGGAGAUGGGAGAUGCGUCCGCGGUUGACAUUGUGGAUAUCUAUGAGUCUAUCCGUGAGAGGCAGCGUCAUGACAGCGAGAGGUCUACCUGCAGCACCUUGGAGCAGAAUGACAUUGAAGCUGUUGAAGCACUUGUUUGUAUGAGCUCCUGUCAGAGAUCACAGAAAGGUGACAUGCUAAAGAUAAGGCCACUUACGCCCUUCUCGGAUUCUGGCGAUUUCACAAUGCAUGCUGAGGCUACGUCUGAAUUACCAAAGGACUAUUUAUCUACACUGUGCAUGACCCCUCCACACAGCCCUGACUUUGUUGAGAUAUCAGCUGCUAUGCUCCUCUCCUCACAAGUCACUUACUCCAAACCAAGGACUGUCAUGGCAAAUGCAGCUGCCUGCUCAGUCACAUCAGCGACCAGUGCCUCUCCCAUAACCAAGCCAUCUGUUAUCAGCAUGGAGCAGCAGUGCAGCCAGAAGCCCACAACGUCUGAAUCCUUUGCCUCUCAGCCUUGCAGGGCCAUGGCAACAAGCGUGAUACGUCACACAGGUGAUAGUUCUGCUUACCAUCACAUUCCUGCUGUGCAAGAGAAAACAAAGGUAACUUCAGGCUACAGCACUUCCAUAGACUGGUGUGGAGCAGAUGACCGAAGACAUUCCAGACUGCCACAGGACACGUGUGCUGUGGAUGAUUUAGUUAACAAAGCCUCCCCAGUACAUCAGCCUUAUUCACAUGACUCCAGUGAUAUUUUGACCAACAAAGGACAACAACCAGUCCGUCCUGUUUUGCCACAGACCCACUUACAGAAUUGUGAGAAUGACUUGCAAAAAAGAGCUACCCCAGUGACACCCACCCCAGUGACGUCUGCCCCUGUUUCAAGCCCCCAGGUUCUCUGUCAAAAUCCUUUAAACGGACAAAGCAGCAUGAUCAAUGCCUAUGUCAAGCCUUCAACUCCAACAGUCUCAACUCCCAUGAAACCUAUUUUACCGCAGACAGUCCCACUCUCUCAGCCUGUACUCAUGGGACCUUCUGUGCCUCAGGGGACUGUCAUGUUGGUUCUUCCACAGACUGCUGUUACACAGACACCACAGUGCCCACAAACAGUCAUGACUGUUGGGAACACAAAGUUACUGCCCCUUGCCCCUGCUCCUGUGUUCAUUGCUUCUGGUCAAAGCUGCACGCCCCAGAUGGACUUUUCUAGAAGGAGGAAUUAUGUUUGCAACUUCCCUGGAUGCAAGAAAACGUAAUUUCAAAAGUUCCACCUCAAAGCCCAUCUUCGCACUCACACUGGAGAAAAGCCUUUCAGCUGCAAUUGGGAAGGCUGUGACAAGAAGUUUGCCCGCUCAGAUGAGCUCUCGCGCCACCGCAGGACUCACACCGGAGAGAAGAAGUUUGCGUGCCCCGUCUGUGAGCGUCGCUUCAUGCGCAGCGACCACCUGACGAAGCACACCCGGCGCCAUAUGACCACGAAGAAGAUCCCCAGCUGGCAGACAGAGGUUGGCAAACUCAACAGAAUUGCCACAGCAGAGAAACCGAAAAGCAGCAACGCUCUGAGUAUGCUCAUCCCCGUCCCAUCGUCAGUCUGUCAGGGCUAGGGAGAGAUCACUGUACAAACUUUCUGAAAAUCAGGAAGAGCUCUUGUUUCUUCAACAGGACUGAUAAUGGCUUACCCCCACGUUUGUGCAUACUUUAGUUUCCUUGAUGUCCUCUGUUUAUAAUGCUAUGUGAAAAAUCAUAACUUUCUUUGUCCCUUCCCUAUUUGUUUUUUCAAUAUUUGGGCAAAUGCAAUCACCAGCACUUCAGGAAAGCAGAACUCUUUGAAAACUAUUUUGGCAAUAGGUUAAAAAAUGUCACUUGUAAUCCUUGCUGUUAAUAUUUUGAUGAACAGUAAAACAGGGUGAUUUUUAAUUUUUAUACUAGUAUUUUCUAUACCAAAUAUAUUUUGUAUUUAUUGAUUUUGGUCUUUAUGUGCAGGCAAAUUACUUGACCUGCAUUAGUAGGGGUGUGCAGGAUGAGACCCAGAGUUUUGGAAACUCCUUUUCAGUAAACUUCUAGAAUUGCAUUCAGAGUGUUUUGUAAACUUGUAAUAUUUGAUAACUUGCAGUGGUUGGGAUGUUGACACUUGCAGAUCCUCAUUCCACAAUGGACUGGUGCUGUUAUACCCUUCUUAUGCAGGUGACAUUGAAGGUUUGAGAUCCAAGUGUGUCAUCAUUUUUAAACCAAACCAAAUGAGAAUUUCUUUCAGAAAAAAGUUGAACAUUUUAUAAAAUCAUACCUUUUGCAAGUGGAAGCCACUGUCAUUUUCAGUGGAAGUUUGACAGACUGGGCAUUCCAAAGUCCACACUCUACUGGAGCAAAAUUAGGAGGAUGCAGACUGCUCCAAUGGAGGUAGAAGCACAAACACUAGAAGUUUUUACACUAAAAAUUACACUAUGUUUAGUCCUACUAAGCCGGCAUAUCAAAAUCUACAGAAAAAAAUGUCAAAAUGGCAAGAUAACGCAUGAAUAAUUAGCUGGGUCUCUGCUUAUAUUUUUUUUUAAUACAGGAGAAAUAGAAAAGUAAGGUUUCUUUAUGUAUUGUGGAUGGUUGUGCACCUUAAAGGAAGUUGCUCAAGGUUUUCAUUUAACUGUAUCAAAGCACCAGAGGACGUAUUAAUCAUGUCUUGACUUAAGAAAUAGCCACCAUGUCAACUUGAUAAUGCUCUUCAUGUGGCCUUAUACUUCACAGUACUUUGUAUAAAAUCACCCUUUUCUAUUAAAUGAGAUACUGUCCCUGUUGAAUGGAUUUUCUUUUACACCAAGUGUAAAUUUGGCUAAGCAGUGGAAUCUCUGGCUGCAGGAGUGCUAUGUUGUAAUGGCAUGAGUGCCAACACCAGGGAGUAUGAACACCAGGGAGUGCCAACACCAGGGAGUGCUGGCAGCAGUGCAGCAGGACGUGCACACGUGGGGUGUAGGUGAGCUGACAGCAGAGCUGUUGUGCUGUGAAGCACCAGGUGUUCUGCUGGGAAACAGCUCAGCUGCCAUCUGAGAUACUCUUGAAACUUUUAUUCCUUCUGGACUCUUCUCCCUUCAGCCACUCCCACACUGAAGCUUAGUUGAGCACUGAGGAGGACUUUUAUUCCUGGAUGUGUAAAAUGUGGAAAAUUAGGAAAGCGCUGUCUCUUGUACAAAUUCUAAAAUGCUGGUCUUGCUUCUCGGUGUGGGCACAGCACAGUUUCACCUAUAUACGUGCAGACUGGAUCUCGGCUAGGAUGCCCCUGAAAUCAGCAGAGACCUCUGUCAGUUUAAAGCAGAACAUGUUGUUAUUUUUUACGUUUAAGUCUGGUUAUAAUUAACGGUAUCAAGUUUUCAAACUGCACUAAUUGGAGUAUUGUGCAAAGUGUACUAAAGUUUCUGUGCCUGACCUUUAAUGUGUCCACACCCUGUUCACUAGACACAGGCUGCAGUCCUGGUGACCCCUGUACCUGCUGGUGAGUGCGUGUGCAAAACCUCACUCUGUGCGUUCCAAAGGGCUCAGCUGGAACCCCUCUUCCCAGUUAAGUGGAUGCUUGUAAUGUUGUUCUGUAUCAAUACUCAGCUUUCCAAAUCCAUCUGGUGAAGAAAGACCAUGCUGCUGGUUUGGGGGGGUUUGUGUGGUGCUUUUUUGUUUGUUUGUUUGUUUGUUUGCUUAGAAGUCCCUUCGAACAAGGACUUUGACUUUUGGGUGCCAUUUUAGCAUGCUUUUAACUGGGGGAAGAGCGUCCUGUUUCAGUCCACAGUAGCCAACUUAGUAUGUAAUUUUUUACUGACGUUUAUGGUGUUCACCUAAGCAAAACAGUUUGGAAACUUGUGUAAUAAAUUAAUAAGUUGUCGUGUUAGAUUGCUGCAGUGUAGGGGGAGAAAGAGUGGACUGGAGGACAUGGAAUUUCAAAUUGUUGAAAUUUCAAUUGUUGCUUAUGUGUGUCGUGAUGGGGAAAAGAAACAGCUCCAUUUUCAUAAGGCUCACUUACCUUGUGAGGCCUUGUAGCCCACUCCUGCAAAGUGUGUGCUGCCUCCCACCACCUGUGUCUGGGACAUGCAGCUCUUCCUCCUGAGGAUGUCCGUGACCAGUUGAGCUGCACUGUGGCUGCCUGAGCUCUAUUUGUUCUUUCGAUUCCUUCCUGCUGCGUGAGGAUUAUUUAUGGAUUAAGCAUGACUGGGAUAACUGCUCUCUUUGCACUUUACUGCCUGAACUCUUGUUCGGUCUUUUUAUUUUGAGCCUAUAUUUUAGAGAAAUGGAAUGACAUUUUUGUAGCUGUUUUUGACUUUUAUUAAAUAAAAAGUAUGUAAUGUGACUCAUUUUAAAUCAUAAAAAAUUGUGAAUUUUUAGGUUUCAUACAUGACCAUUCCAGAACUAUGUAAAUCCACCUGGAUUAGGUUAGGUAUCUAGGCCAGUUGAAGACUUUGGGGCUUGCUAGUUCACUUCCCUGUAAAGGCAGAACUUUUUGGGUCCUGUUGUAAAUUGACCAGUACUUGUCCAUUUAUAGUUUUACACAAUGCUUGUGUAUUUUCUGGAAUGUGUACACCACUGCCAGCAUUGGGGUGUUUGCAUGCUGUCUGAAAACAAAGAGUUGUGGGGUUUGUAACUGUUGUUUCUAGCGUGGCCACCAGAAGCUGUCAACAAAAGGGGAUGGAUUGAGUGCUGCUCUGUUAGUGUUACAGCUGUGCAUGGCAUGAAUGCU